AUGGAGGAACAUAGUGACCGUGAUGGUGACGUCGAAGCGGAAUUAUCUGCAGAAUUAUUUGGACAAGAAGUCGAAGACGAGACAGAGAGUGCGGCCAUGCCGCCAGAAACUUCACAGACGCCUGCAGCGUCUAGUCGCGAAAUUAACACCUUGACCCUAGCGACAGUUAAACUAACAGAACGACUGUCAAACCAGGAGUCCCCUUCCGUGAAGGAGACUCAAACAGCAAACAAACGUGCGGCUGAAAAAUCGGCAGAAAAUCAUGUUCCCGCCAAACGACAGUGUUCUGUUUCGCAGUCUCUGAGGCCGUCCAAGAUGGCGAAGGCGACUGCGACGAAUUGAUUAACCGCAUGCUCCAUGCAGGUCAAGAUCAAGACGACUUAGUCCCCGAAGAAGAAGGGGAAAAUUCUGAUGACCAAGCCCUCAAAGAGCUUCUCAAAGAAUUCAUCUCCGAAGACAUGCCUGGUGAGAGUUUACAAAGCGCACAACUUGCGAAGCUUGUAAACAAAAUGUUCCGAACUAAAAUGGCUGACCAGGCAGUAAAAGACAAACUGGCCAGACAAGCACGCUCAGCUAACUGCGAACAUGCUAUAGCAACAAGGGUAAACCCAGGCAUAUGGCGUAGACUCCGUGAGUUUACGAAAAAACGAGAUCUUCAAUAUUAUUAUUUCGGCCUUCAACAAAUGCUUGUGAAGGCAAUCCUGCCUGUCACACGCCUAGUUGACAUUUCAAUGGGCGACAAAACGCUCGACAUGGAGAAAACGCAGGUCAUAAAACGGCAGGGGCUUGAGGCUCUGUCCUUACUUAUACAUGUAAACUAUGAGCUAAACACGCAGCGGAAAAUGGGUAUGAAACCUGAUAUAGGUAAAGAUUAUGCUGCCCUGUGUUCAGCACAGCUGCCCUUCACGGACAUGUUAUUUGAGACAGUUCACUCUUUGGUCUCUGCUCAACGAACACAAACUAUCCAAUUAUUAAAACAGAGCAAGCCCACAUGUAAUCACCUGAAACCAAUUGAAUUUCAUCGUUAUCUGCUUGAUGACAGGCUUUGUAUUGUCACAAUCCUGGACGAAUACCUACAGAGAGCAGGCCCUCCCAGGAAAAACCCUCAACUGUUGCUGCGUCAUGCUGCACCACAUGGCCCUGCAUCUAAAGACACCAUUGCCAGAUGGUUAAACAGGUUAUGUCAGAUGCCGGCAUAG